AUGGCGUCGGAGAGCGUAGAGCCCUCACAAGUGAGGGCGGUGGUGCCGAGUGCUGAGUAUUGCCUCUCUGCCGAGAGUGUUUCCACGCUUUUCAUGCCGUUGGAAGAAGGAGAGGCAUACGCACGCCAAAUCCUGCAGAGACAAUGGUUCCGUGGCUUCUCCGAGCUCAAAUCCAAGGCGAAUUUGAACGCGACCACGUUGUUGAUGCUGCAGAAGCACACAACAGGCGCGGAGGGACCGAAGGAAAACGACGGAGAGAAGCAGCGUGAAGAGUGGGAUGAGUGGCAGCAGCAAGGAUCCGUUGUAGGGGCGGAUAAAUUUGCACAGGAUCGAGCGCGAGGGGAGUUUCUCUACGAGGAGUCCAAGCAGCGAGGGGAGCUGGAAUGGGAGGAGUUGGCUGAUAUCUUUUGCCUGCAGCUGUUCAUGGAGGAGAACCUGCGGCGCGUGGAACAAGUAGAGGAGUCGAUGGCAAUGCUGCAACUUAUCCACGACGUGAUGAAGCCAAAGACUCGCCAGCGGUACAUCUACGCAUGGGGGGUUGUCACAACUGUGGCGUUUCCACCCCUGUGGAGUGAGACGGAGCGCAUCCGCAGCAGCCAACGCCACAAACCAGCCCACAUGCGUCUCCCACCGACGACGUGCCGGAUCCCCAUUGAACCAGACCCCUACUGGAAAUCCUGGGAGCUCCCUGCACCGCCAGUCGCCUUGAUUCAGGCGCAAUCGGAGUUGUAA